AUGGAUGCUCCCAGAGAAAAGAAAUCCAUUGGCGGAAAACUGAUGAAGCAUUUUUCUGCACGUGGUGGUGCCAUCCCAAUGGUCAACAAGAAGGCCAGCAAACCAGUCACAGAAAAGCGACGAAGAGAUCGAAUCAACAAAUGUCUCGUACAACUGAAGAACAUCGUUAUGAGGGCCACUGGCAAAGAUGAAAAACGAUUUGCAAAAAUGGAGAAAGUUGACAUUUUGGAAAUGACAAUUGGACACCUGAUUGAAAUGCAUCAGCAAAAUCUCGGUAAACGUUUUGUGGACCACUGGGGUAUAACCACGCCUGUCUCUGGAAACCCGUCAGAUCCUUUUGGAUACACGAGAAGAAACAACGCCAUGGAUAACCUACAGCAAGGUCACGCAAACCAGGACCUUUAUCCGGGACACGCCUUCCCCUCCUCUGCUUACAAAUGUGGAUACAGCGGCGAAAAAGCCAUCAUGGACGUCAACUUCAAUGCUGACGACGCCAUGGAAUCAGGUAGCGUCAUGUGUGGCUCUGCCUCCCGUGUUUUCGUCUUUGCGGAUGGCAACUCCACUGCAAGAAGUGGAGGAAACACAUCUUUUCAUUGCAACGAUUCAUCAAAGGAAUGGAACCGUCUUCUAUAUACAGGCGAACCAUUGAUGACAUCCACUCCAGUCGACGCUAGUGCUGUUAAGCCAGUCAGCACUUCUACACCACAUGGCGGAACAUCCCUACCCAAAGGAUUCCUUUCGCCAGAAGAGAUGCUCAUGUAUGGAGGAUACAAUAUUAAUCUCAACACCUCCCCUAAUCUACGUGUCCGUCUAUUUAGCAGUAGCGAGGCGUCGUCCGACGGAAGUUUGGUGAGAAAAUCUUGUUCCACGACAUCUGCUACAGGAUCAUCUUCAGCCGGAGCCAGCGACGGAUCAGACGGAGAGAACGGACUCUGGAGGCCCUGGUGA